AUGAAUGACCUACGGAUUGUAGGCACCCAGGCGAACCCUAAUAGGACUCAGGCCCAGGGAAGAGGGGUUGGAAACGUCGGAAGUCGGCCUCAAAGAAGCACCCCCAAUGUGGUUCAUAAUCAAGGACCCGAGGUUCUCAAUAGGAACGGGGAACAACAAGAGAGACCGAACCUGAACUCGAACCCGAACGAUGUGUCCGGGGUCUACAGGAGGAAGUAUCAUAGGGGGCAAUAUAAUGACAGCCCCUUCGCGGACAAAAUUGUGAAUGCACCAUAUCCAGAGAACCUAAAUCUGUCUGACAUUCCAAAAUACGACGGAAGGCAAGACCAUCAGGUGCAUUUGGAUGUCUUUGAUACGACAAUGUAUAUUAAGGGGAUUGAAGAGCCGCUGAUAACCCGAUUAUUUGCAACCACCCUGACAGGAGCAGCUCAGGCGUGGUUCUCCUCUCUGCCAGCAGGAUCCAUCAGGUCGUUUGAAGAGUUCGGAGGCAAGUUCUUGCUAAAUUUUGCUACAAGCAAAAAACAGCCGAAGUCCAAAUUCGCGCUGGGGAAAAUAAAGCAGCAGCCUGGCGAAACCCUGCAAAAUUAUUUGGACCGCUUCAAGAUGGCCGCGUUACAAGUUCCUGGGCUAUCCGAAAAUGUUCACCUUCAUUUGGUGAUUGCCGGCCUUCACGAAUCUUCCAGGUUGGCCAAGUCCGUCUAUAAAGACCCUGUACGAACUCUAGUUGAGUUCACUACUUGUUCCAAAAAAUACUUGGAGCUCGAACAUAUGGAAAUUGAAAACGCGGACCCAAGGCCGCACCAAAGCCAGGAAGAAAAACCCGGAAACCGAAUGCAAAAUGAUUUCCGGGGUAAAAAUCCCGAAGAGAAAAAUUUAUCCAAAAUAAGAUUUGACAGGUAUACACCUUUAAAUUCCUCCCGGUCCCAAAUCUGGAGGGAAGUGGCAUCCACCGAGAUGAAAAGGGUGGACAGACCUCGGCCACUACUGAAUCAAGCUGGGCUUGAUCAAUCACGAUAUUGCGCGUUCCAUGAUGGCCCUGGUCAUACAACCGAGGAGUGUUGGGAUCUUAAAGAUGCAAUUGAAAGAUAUAUCAGGGAGGGAAAGUUACGUCAGUAUCUCAUACGAACUCAAGGAUGGAAGAACAAUAAGAAGAGAAAAGGAGGACGACCGAUGAGCCCGAACCGAGAGAAGAAGUUCAAGGAUGAAGGCCGAGGUAAGAAGCCGACCAAAGAAGACGACAAAUUCGUAGAGCUCGAGUUUGAAUGCAAUGUUAUUAGUGGAGGAUUUGGUGGAGGAGGUGAUACCAUGAAUGCCAGGAGAAAAUACUUAAGAGAGGUGCUUUCAAUUCGAGAGCGGCCUAAAUUCAAAGGAGAGGAAUCGGAAGCACCACAGUUGUUCUUUACAAAAGCAGAGUUGGAAGAUGUCAUGCCGGGGCACGUUGACGGGCUAGUCAUCACCGGGACACUAGUCAACUGUAAAGUCAAGAAAAUGUUCGUGGAUAACAGCAGCUGUGCCGACAUAAUUCUCUGGCAGGCAUUCCAGAAAAUGAACCUGGAUGUGGAGGAUCUGAAGCCUUGCAACACGGAUUUGAUGGCAUUUAAUGGCUGUGAUACUAUUCCUAAGGGGUACAUUGAUCUGAGGCUCACCUUGGGAACAAAGGAGGCUUACAAGUCGGAAAGGGUAAGAUUCAUCGUUGCCGACUUCCCAUCAGAGUAUAAUGUGAUUUUGGGAAGACCAACUAUCCACGAUUGGGAUAUGCUGGUCUCCACUAAGCAUUAG